CUUCGUGCAUGGCCAACCUUUAUAAGCUGCCAGUAACGCAAAAUGUCACAUAUUCCUGUGGUAUUGUCUUACUUAACAGUGCCGGAUGGGCCAGCAAUCCGAGUAAAUUUCAUUUGUCAUUUGUACCAUUUAUUUUCACCUUGACCUCUGAUUCCGAUCAUUUUGAAUGACUUUUGGCGAUUGACCGUCGCACGCGAAUUUUGAACGAAAAUGCGAUCUUCUCCAAAAGAGGACCCCGAGGCGCCAAACGCCUUUCCAAUCUAUAAGCAAGAGGAUGCUCCCAUCUUCGAUGAUGAUAUCGAGAUUAAAUGCCCGUCGCAUACAACUGAGGCCAAAUUAAUGGCCAAAGUAGAUAUGCGAGUAAUUCCGUGCCUUUGCAUUUUAUACCUUUUGGCAUUCUUGGAUCGGGUAAAUAUUUCUAACGCAGCAGUGUUCGGCUUGCCGCAAGAUAUUCAUCUCACAGGCACUGAAUACAACACCGCAUUAACCAUAUUUUUCGUUCCAUACGUGGUGGCAGAGAUUCCCUCAAAUAUUCUGAUGAAGAAGCUGCAGCCGCACGUCUGGUUAUCCGCGUGUAUGUUCUUUUUUGGCAUAGCCGCUCUCUGUCAAGGCUUUGCCCACAAUUAUGGAGGGCUUUUGGCGGCUCGAUUCUUUCUUGGCUUGUUCGAGUGUGGAAUGUUUCCAGGCUGUUUUUACCUCAUUGGUAUGUGGUAUAAACGCUCCGAAGCACAGCGUCGUUAUUCCUUCUUCUUUUCUUCGACCACUCUGGCUGGUGCGUUUGCCGGCCUCCUCGCCAGCGCAAUUGGGAAGAUGGAUGGCGUCCGUGGACUGCAAGGCUGGAGAUGGGUCUUUAUCCUCGAAGGUCUCUUCACCUGCGUCGUCGCAAUUAUAUUCUUCUUUCUCUUGCCAGAUUUCCCUGAAACCGCACGGUGGCUGAAAGAGGAUGAGCGCGUCUAUGUCAAGGCGCGUCUUCAGGUGGAUCAAGGGCGAUCGGCUGCCGACAAGCCAAUUACCCUAAAAGAUGUAGUCAAUGUCUUCAAAGACUACAAGGUCUUCUUGGGGGCUCUCAUGUAUUUUGGCCUCAUAGUUCCAGGAUAUGGAUAUGCAUACUUUGCUCCAGGCAUUAUCAAAAGCUAUGGAUACUCACCAAUUAGCACCCAAUUACAUUCGGUGCCGCCUUGGGCCGCCGCCUUCGGGUUUGCUAUGCUCAUUGCUUUUCUCUCUGACAAAUUCAAACACCGAUUCAUCUUUGCCUUGAUCCCUCUUGCCGUGUGCAUCGCGGGCUUCGGAAUUCUGAUCAAGGUCCACGACAACACUAGACUUCAAUACGGAGCGCUAUUUCUUGUCGCAAUGGGCGCGUACUCUGCCAUGCCAGUCAUUGUUUGUUGGUUCAAUAUGAACCUCGGUGGCCAUCACCGAAGAAGUGUUGGCAGCGCGUUCCAAGUGGGCUUUGGCAACAUUGGCGGUAUUAUUGCGACAUACUCAUUCCUUGCAAAAGAUAAGCCGAAGUAUAUCCCUGGAUAUAGCAUAUGCAUCUCUUUUGUCUGUUUAAGCGUGGUGAGCUGCAUUGCCUACUUUUUGGCAACUUGGUCGCAGAACAGAGCCCGCGACAGAACGCCACAAGAUCUCAGCUUGACGGAAUAUGAGAAGACUGAAAUGGGGGAUCUCAGCCCGGAUUAUCGAUAUCUGCUGUGAUCAUCACGACUUGACGAGUUUUAAAAGCGGUGUAUUCCUGCGUACGGCAUAACAAUUAGCCAUUUUUGGAUCUCAGUUCUUCUCUUCGAACUUAUGUACAUAAUUUAGUCCAUAGUAUACUAACUCAACUGGUU